AUGCAGAGAUUAUUCAAUCCUUUAGACAACGUCCACAAAUUUGAUCCGGACAAGCAUAUUCCCUCUCUCACUGGCAAGGUUAUUGUGGUGACAGGGGGUAACUCUGGGUGUGGGAAGGAGACUGUGCUCCAACUUGCCAAACAUAACCCGAAGCGCAUAUAUCUGGCUGCGCGCAGCAAGGCCAAAUACGACGAUGCAAUGAAGGCAAUCACAGCCGCUGUCCCAAACUCAAGUAACUUCGUCACAUUCUUAGAACUUGACCUGGCCUCCUUGGAGAGUGUCAAAAAUGCGAGCGAUAUCGUCCUGCGAGAGUGUGACAGACUAGAUAUCCUCGUCAACAACGCCGGCAUUAUGGCUGUUCCACACGGCCUCACGAAGGACGGCUUCGAAAUCCAAUUCGGCACAAACCAUAUGGGCCACGCCCUUUUGACCCGUCAACUCCUCCCACUGCUGGAAAAGGCGGCAAAGGAGCCAUCCUCCGACGUCCGAAUAAUCAACCUCUCCUCCAUCGGCCACACAAUGGCACCCGAUCAAGGGAUCAAAUUCGACGAGGUCAAGACGUCCAUGACCUCACAAUAUCCCAUACGACUUUACGGCUCAAGCAAGCUUGCAAACAUACUUUAUACGCGUGAGCUUGCGCAUCGCUAUCCAGAUAUCCUCAGUGUUUCUGUCCAUCCCGGUAGAGUGGAAACAAAUCUCGGGAGUAGCGUUCAUGAGCAGGGUGGAUUCCUCCACAGGGUUUCCCAGGUCUCCGAUUUUCUGAUUAAACCGCACUCUGUCCAGGCAGGCGCAUUGAAUCAGAUUUGGGCGGCUACGUGGAAGCGGUCCGAUAUUGUGAAUGGGGCGUAUUAUGUCCCUGCUGGCAAGGAGAAUGAUGGGUCGAAGUUGAGCCGGGACGUCAAACUUCGUGAGAAGCUGUGGGCGUGGACGGAGGAGCAAUUGGUUGCACUGGGGUAUUGA